AUGGAGGCCCACGUCAUGCUCGACACCCUUGGGUGGGUUUACACCAGCAUCUUCAUCACCUGGAACGUCGUCUUUGUCGCAUGUCUUGUAUUUCUUUGGUUUCAUCGUCAGCACCCCUCUCUUCGCAUACGAAGACUGCCAUUGUUAUUCGCUGGUAUUAUUCCACUGCACGUCUACGGCUCUAUCUGCUGUCUUGCAUACGUAAUUGGCCCUGUCGUCAGUUGCUCCGUAGAGUUCUGGAUGAUGUCCGUCUUGGUGCCAGUGGGCAUGGCAUUGUUCCAUGCUUCCAACAGUCAAUUUCUGCACAUCGCCAGCCGUCAAAAGCAGUUUGCUCGCAUGAGCUCGCUCAAGGACCAUGCGCCAAUCGACGAGAAGGCGGCGCAAGAGGUUGCCAAUAGCCGAUGGCGAAGAAUCGCACAGGGACUUGAGCGCGCUGACAAGAUCAAACGAACACUCAUUUUCAUUGGAAUUGGCAUGGCUUUCCAAUUAGCACUUGUCGUCUUUGUUUUCUUCGCUUCAAGGAAGUUCCACUACAACUACGGUAUCAUCGACUACACGGUCAAAGGCACCGGCAUGGAAGUACGCAUGAACUGCAGCAAAGGGUGGGAGUGGUGGCUAUCGAUUGUAUGGCAGUUCUUCUGGUCUUGGAUAUACGCACCCUGGAUUCUCUUCAAAUCUCGGGGUAUCCGCGAUGUUCACGGUUGGCGUCUGCAGACUAUUUGCUGUUGUCUUGUGGGUCUUCCAGCAUCCCCUCUAUGGCUUGCUGGUCUCUACGCUCCUGAGUUCGGGGUUGUAAACAUGGUCUUUCCCCCACCACUUUGGUUCUCUGUCUGCUUCGGCCUAGUAGAGGUCUUCACAAUUGGAUCUACCAUUCGCGAUGUGCUUCAAGGCAACAAGCUUCGCCAAGAGACACUAGAUGCUAUUGCUGAUUGGGAGGCGCGUCAAGCGGCCAACGACUUGGGCGCAGCUACUGGUGAGGAGCUGAAGAAGAGUCCUAGCGAGUUCUCGGGAUCAACUGCCCUCCAGUCCGUUGGUGAUUCUAGCUUCAGCAAACAGUCGUUUGAUUCGAAGUCAGACAUCUUGACGAUGACUGCUUUGGAGAACGCUCUCCGAACCAACCCUAUGCCACUCCUUGAGUUUGCUGCAUUGAAGGAUUUCUCUGGCGAAAACGUCAGCUUCCUUACCCAUGUGGCAGAUUGGCGACGCCAAUGGUUUUCGCAUAAAUCAUCGACCGCGGAGCACAACCGCAAUCAAUUUGUGGCUGCUGUCCGCAUCUACGCUCAUUUCAUCUCUCUCGAAUUUUCAGAGUUUCCUAUCAACAUUUCUUCCAAGGAGAUGAAGCGACUUCAUCAUGUCUUUGUAGAAGCUGCUGUUGCACUAUUUGGUCGUCGCCGAAACUCCCAUUCAUCAUCGUCAAGCGGCGACGCGACACCUUUCGACAAUGUUUAUCCAGACGACGCUUCUGAUAUGCCUAUUCACGACAAGAGCGCAAACAAUUCUAUCAAGGAACUCAAGGGCGCAAUCAGCCUUGACAACCUUGGACGCUGGCUCGAUGGCACGCUGGCCGACAUCAAGAUUCCAGACAACUUCAACGAGAUGGUUUUCGAUUCUGCCGAGAAAGAAAUCAAGUACCUUGUCCUCACAAAUACCUGGCCCAAGUUUGUACAGGUUUCACGCGCAAACAGCGAGAUGAGCAAAGAGGAUCCGGAGAAGGGUAACAAUGCCUGGAUGCACAGGUUUUUAUGUCAUCACCCUUGA